AAGGGAGGCGUUCCUGCACGGAAACCAAAAAGGACGAGAUCUCUCGACGUCAGCAUCAUAACAUAACAACACACGGAUGAUAGCGACACGAAAAAGGAAGGAAGGAAGUACAGAUGGAGGAUUGAUUAGGUUACGUCUAAUUAUUUAGCUGAGUCAAAGUGACAUUAGCAGCGAGGUGGAACUAACGAAAACGGAACCAAACAUAAGCAGCAGAGUGGACCAUGAAGUGACUUAACGGCCGUGUGUUUUUUUUUUUAACUUCAUGACAAGGCACGACCACCAGAGAGAAUCAUGUUAAGUUUCCUUGGACUCCGCAAAGACCCGAAGAAGUCGACGUCAGAGAAGGAAGCAGAUGGAGGCUUUGUUAUCGUUGGAGAGACAGUCGAAGAACAGAGGAGGAAGAUGCAGACCAUGAACAUCGCACAGCCGUCAACAUAUGUCAUAGUGCAGCCAUCAAAGUCAUCAAAUAUAGUUCCAGCUCAACCCACUGACACAAACCCCCCUACAGCUUUACCUACCACUUUCCCAAUGGCAGGGACCUCAGCGGUGGAAGUUGCUUCGACUCUCCCAGAUCUCCUCGGGGACGUACCGUUCACUUUGGCUCCUCAUGUCCUGGCCAUGCAGGCAGGCUUCCCCCAAAUUCCAGAUGUGUUGCUGUCGCGGGACAUAAAUUACAACCUGGCUAGUUUUCAGUACGACUUCACUUUAGAAAACUCUGUGCUUCAUAAUGUCUAGUCUGUUUGGAUUUUAAUACCAGGACGGUCAUCAUGAGUUAAUGCUAUAAGGAACUUGGCUUCCAGCCCUACAACAUAUUAAGUACAUGUGAUUCUGUAGCAUUAUGAGCAAGUUAAAGCUCACUAAACUUAAGUAAAACACAAAAUAAGUUGUAGAACUGAGAAGCAUUAAAUUCCUGUUAUUAAAUCCUUAUCCAUUUUCAAUGUAGAGGCAUUUGAAAUCAAAUGACAUUACAUUGGAAAGAUUGUGGAAUUGUGACUGGUUGGACAACUGACAACGAUGAAUAUUUAUAGCUUUGUAGGAACUAAAUGGAUUUGUGGUUCCCUUGUUCCUUGUUGAGUUUCAGUUCACCUGUUGUUUACUUUAAUUUCAGAUUAUGAUUGGUUAAGACCGCCAAGUCCUUAGGCUUUGGCUAACCUGGUAAUCCUGAUUACAAGUUCUUCAGAGUUCUUCAAAGUUUUUGCAUUUUGUUGUGUAAAGCCUCAGGCUUGUGUUGGGUUUAUGUUUGAUUAUUUUCAAAUGUAUUUUUUUUUUUAGAUAUCUAUCUAACUGUGCUGCUCUUCGAGGUCUUUGAGUGUCACUUGUUGCAAGUAGAAGCGCAAUGCCCAGAGAGAAUCAUGACAAAGACCUUUGUUGCCAAUGCGUUGCAUUAGCUUAUCAAGCUAAAAGUAGUAAAGCAUAAAAAUUGCCUCGGAUCUCAGGGCAAGUUCGUGCCUCAGAUUUGGCAGUGUUCAAUCUCCCUGGAAACGGCCAAUGUCAGCCAGUGGAUAUCUGGAAACCGGGUAAUGGAUAUCUGGCCAAGAUUUCCUCUGCAGUCCAAUCUGUAACUUGAUAAUGUGGGAAAGAUGAGAAAGACACAUUUGUGCUAAUCUCUAUAAAUGGAUAUGCAGAAUAUUUUUUUUGAGUCUUUCAAUUGUCGUCAAACGUCAGGUGAUUGGCUCCUAGAUUGCUGUGUGUGAUUGAUCGAUUCUACUCAGACUACAAACAGAAACCAGAAUGUUUGUAAUACCAAAAUCCUUGCUGAAUUCUUCAUUUAUAUAAAGGUAUCUGUUCAUGGAGAUAAGGCAGUGCCAGUCUGGAUUGAUCAGGGUACGAGCCAGGAUCCAGUUCUCGGUUUUAAGUCUACUGACUGCUCAUAUUACUUUCCACGUCAUACUCCAUUUUGCUAAGCAGUGAACUCGUGGAGUACAACUCACUUGCAGACACAAAUGGUGGCCCAAACUGCAAAUAACCCAAGUUGUACGACAUUAAAAUUAUCCUUGAAUUGAAGUUGAAUUUCAUUGGAUAGGCUUCCAUAAUCUAUUAUUUGGAAUAUUAUUUUGUCAUUUGAGGACGUGGCACCUAGAUGAUAAAGCAAUAACUUUUGAUUGAAACUUAGUACUUGGACAACAAAUUGCCUACCUCCCGUAGAGUUAAACCCAAGUGUUAAAAUAGAAUCAUUGAAUGUAAAAUACUGAUUCAUGUCAGGUCUUUUGAAUCAUCUAUUUAUGUACAAACUGCAACGUGUGGAGUGUUUAAAUGAUCAAGUAAAAAUGUGCGCAAAGACUAUUUUUACUAAAGCUCUCGUAUAAUCAUUUACUAUGAUGCCAUUUGUAUAUUUGACAUUAUAUGUGGCAAAAACUCUUUCAAUUAAUGUACCAAUCAUCGCCAUGCUUGAAUCUUGCUCCCUGAAUAUGGCUUUCCUUUUGAUCCAGCAUGAGUUUAUUGUUUUGGUUCUUUGGUCUGUAUUUUCAGUUGAUCUUUCUUUGCUUGUGUUUAUGGCAGAUAGUUUUCAUUGGGUUGCAGUCAAAUAUAUCUUUGCUCAUAUAUUUCUGUACUUUUUACUGUUACAGAAAUUGGUUCAAGCCACAGCAGCAUGUACUCGAGGUGUAUGACCACUUGUUUCAUUUAAAUAUUGAAUGGUGUAGAUAGCAUUUGAGAGCUGUGGUACUCGCAUAUUGUGAAGUGACUUGGUAUUGUUUGUGUUUUAAGUGUUUGGGAUUCACUUUACAGAAACUGCUCUGCGCACAUCGGCACAGGGGUUGGUGACAUACUGUAAAUUCUCAAAUGGCAGAGCCUUUAUUCACCUGCUCGGAAAUCUCAGCAUUUCCGCCAUGUUUAUCUGUUCUUUUGAAAAAUUCGUGACAAUGUACUGUACCUCGCAUAGAAGAAAUUCCAUCAGUACAACAACAGAGUAGUGUCAUACUCACCCCUCUGCUGUUGAGUUUCUCUUUCAUUCACAUACAAUGCCUUUCUACUUGAUUGUUAUUAAGUUACCGUCAAUAAAACUCAACCUUUCCUCUUAAGUCAUCUCAGACUUAAAGUCUUCCAGUCUUCUUCCAAACCUUUCCUGGUUGGCUUUUAUUGCAGGAACUUUGAGAUUUGACGGUUGCUUAACCACGAUUGAAUAAAUGGCACAGUAAUUGAAAAUAAUUUCAAUUGGCUCAGAGCAGCAGGGCGACGAGUUUGACUUGAAUCUGCGUUUUUUUGUACUGAUGGAGGUCGAAUGCUUAUUGUGCUGAAUUUAGAAGAGCCAUGAAAAUGAAGGUAGUUUCUGUUCAUCAGUGGUUCUUUUUGUUUUUUUUUACCUAGGUAUUGUUGCUGCCCGGCCCCCGUUUGUUCAUGGUUAUUCUUUGAGAAUGUAUUGUACUUGCAUAAACCGAGCUACAAUAUCUUGCGCUAUUAUUGGUGGUAAACACUGUAAAAAUACUUCAGCAUUCAUUGAUGUGUGCAUCCUGGUUAUGUUCUUAACAGAUUACAUGAAGGUGGCUGAUUUGACAUCUACACCAGGGUGAUUUUCUGUUCAGUUAUUUUCUAAUUAUGGGCUUGAGGAAAUACGUUUACCCAGGAAUUUAUCUAAUACUGUACCUUUUUUGUUUUUUUGUACAUGAUCAAAUUUGGUCUCUUCAAACCUGUUGUGCCUUUAACACUCAAUCAAUAUACAUUUCAAAUUGUUACUCCCAUGAAAAUCUUCUCCUCUUCAACCAUCUUAUUCCCUGAGUUAACGUAUGAGUCUGUUGAUGCUGGCAAGUUGUAAGUCUUCACCUGGUUGUGACUGUGUACUUUAUGAAUAAAUUUGAAAAGCGCUGUUUAA